AUGGUCAGCACCCGUUCAACAGUGCAAAAAUUGAUUCCAUUUGAUCCAGAAUUUGAACAGCAUUUAAGGAGGAAACGCAGGGAACAACAUUUGCAGCGGGUUCGUCCUCUGCAGGAGAGGUUUCUGGAAUCAGUCUUUUCUGGGAACCUGCACAACAAAGAAAAAAUGGCGUUUAUAAUUCCAGAGGCAGGUCUGCCCCUGGGUGAUUCACUGACUGCCCAUACCACAAAUAUACCCAGUUGCAUCACAUAUCCGGCAGUGGAGGAAGGGACAGCAUUUGAAAUAAAACAGCACAUGUUGAAUAUUCUACCUACGUUUCAUGGGUUGUCAUCUGAUGAUCCUAACAUGCACAUUGCAGAAUUUUUAAUGGGGUGCAAAAACAUUUUGGUGAGAGGAUUUUCAGCUGAAUCUAUUAAGCUGCGGUUAUUUCCAUACACUCUAAAAGAUCAGGCAAGGAGAUGGCUCCUCACACUCCCAUCAGGAAGCAUUACAACUUGGGCCCAACUCAGUGAAAAAUUUUUAAACAAGUAUUAUCCGGCUUCUAAGACCCUUGACAUGAGAACUCAGAUUUUAUCGUUCGCUCAAAAACCAAAUGAAGAGUUUCAUGAGGCGUGGGAGCGGUUCAAAGAGUUGAUUAGAAAAUGUCCACAUUCGGGUAUUAACACUACUGAUCAAAUGCACAUAUUUUUCAGAGGGUUGAAUAUGACUACAAAAACUCUUGUCAACGCUUCAUGCGGAGGUACGUACAAAGACAAAAAUGCACAAGAGGCGUGUUUGUUAUUUGAAAAAAUGGCAGAAGAUACUCAGCAGUGGGCAGUGGAGCAGCCACAAUCUAGGUCAGCUUUUGAGAUGUCGACUGGUUCUCAAGUUGCUGUAAAGCAGCCCUUACAAGCUGCCUGCAGCAUUUGCAACAUGAUAACUCACGAUUUUAUGAGCUGCCCACAUAAAGAUGUUUCACCAGAUUUUACAGCAGAGCAGGUUAAUGCAUUUAACAAUUUCCAGCGGCCCAGAUAUGACCCAUAUUCUAAUUUCUACAACCCCGGUUGGAGAGAUCAUCCUAAUCUAAGGUGGGAUAAGGAACAGCACACUAGACCACAAUUUCAACAGCAGGUACAACAACCUGCUGCACCUAAGGCUGCUUGGGAGGUUGCGAUUGAAAAAUUGGCAAAUACCACAACUCAAGAAAUUCAAAAUCUGCAGGCAUCAAUGAAAAACAUGGAAAAACAAAUAGGGCAGAUUGCUUUGCAGGUUUCUGGUAGGGCACCAGGUACAUUUCCCAGCCAAACCGAACCAAAUCCUAGGGGAGGUGCUGAUUGCAAGGCAGUUAGAGUUUUACGUUCCGGAAAAAGUUAUGAUAACAAGGAUGAAUAUUGCAUUCAAAAUUCGCGGGUGGAUUCACAGCCAAAAACAGAUUCAGGGAAUGUUGAAAAAUCCGACAAUUCAAAAGAUUCAGAUCAGCCGGUUAUCAGUUCUGAAAAUAGCGCAGAAGAUAUUGUUGAGGAUCGUGUUUAUGAGCCACCUAUGCCGUAUCCCGAGCGGUUGAAGCCUAAAGUUAAAGAUCAACAAUUGACAGACUUUAUGAAGACUUUGUCUAAGGUUCAGAUUAAUCUGCCGUUAAUUGAUGCCAUCAAGAACAUUCCGUCUUAUGCCAAGUUUUUGAAAAAUAGACUAGGACAAGGAGAAAUAAAGCCAACAUCAGUUAUUCUACAACUAGCGGACCGAUCGGUUGCUUAUCCAAGGGGUAUUAUAGAAGACCUAAUAAUUAAAGUGGAUAAUCUCUAUCUUCCUACAGAUUUUGUGAUUUUGGAUAUGGAUGAAGAUAUGCAAACACCGAUUAUUUUGGGACGUCCCUUCAUGGCUACAGCCAGAACGUUAAUUGAUGUAGAGGCUGGGACACUUACACUUAGAGUGCAAGAUCAAUCUGUUGUGUUCAGUUUAUUUGAAGCUACCAAAAGGCCAGGUGAUGAGCAUGACUGUAUGCGUGUUGAUGUGCUUGACAGCAUAUUACAUGCUGAAAUUAUGUUACGUUUGACAUCUGAUCCAUUGUUAAAUGUGUUGCACGGGUUUGAGACUAAAUAUACAGAAGAUGAAGAGGUUUUUGAGUAUGUUUCAGCUUUGGAAAGUGUUCCUUUUCAACCUCCACGUUGGAGACACGUUUUUGAAAGUUUGGGGGAACCCAAAAAGCUAUUGCAACCUUCUAAGGUACAGCCACCUAAACUGGAGUUAAGGGUGCUUCCAGAACACUUGAAAUAUGCUUACUUGGGUGCAGAUUCUUCGCUGCCAGUUAUUAUAGCUGCUGAUUUAUCAUCAACAGAGGAAGAUAAAUUGUUGCGCAUUUUAAGGAGUCAUCAAGAUGCAAUUGGCUGGACUAUAGCUGACAUUAAAGGGAUCAGCCCUACAAUUUGUAUGCACAAAAUUCUGAUGGAGGAUGGAGUAAAACCUGCCAUUGACGCACAACGUCGGUUAAAUCCGAUUAUGAAAGAAGUGGUUCGUAAUGAAGUUAUGAAACUUCUAGAUGCUGGGAUGAUCUAUCCCAUUUCAGAUAGUAAGUGGAUUAGUCCAACUCAAGUGGUGCCUAAGCGUUCUGGUAUUACAGUUGUGAAAAAUGAUAAUAAUGAACUUGUGCCUACUCGCUUGACUACUGGGUGGCGUAUGUGCGUUGAUUAUAGAAAGAUCAAUGCGGGAACUAGAAAAGAUCAUUUUCCAUUGCCUUUCAUUGAUCAAAUGUUGGAAAGGUUGGCUGGUCGUGCUUUCUACUGUUUCUUGGAUGGCUAUUCAGGGUACAACCAGAUUCCUGUUGCCCCUGAGGAUCAAGAAAAGACAACCUUUACUUGUCCUUUUGGGACUUUCGCAUAUAGAAGAAUGCCUUUUGGUUUGUGCAAUGCGCCUGCUACGUUUCAGCGUUGCAUGAUGAGCAUAUUUACCGGGUUAGUUGAACAUGUAGUUGAGGUAUUUAUGGAUGAUUUUUCUGUUUUUGGGGAUUCUUUUGACCAGUGUUUGCAGAAUUUAUCUUUAGUUCUGGACAGAUGCAUUAAGACCAACCUGGUUUUAAACUGGGAAAAGUGUCAUUUCAUGGUUAGGCAGGGAAUUGUCUUGGGCCACUUAAUUUCUAACAGGGGUAUUGAAGUUGAUAAGGCUAAAAUUGAUGCAAUUGAAAAGUUGCCACCCCCGACAACUGUUAAGAGUGUUCGAUCUUUUCUUGGCCAUGCCGGGUUUUAUAGACGGUUCAUCAAGGAUUUCUCCAACAUUAGCCGCCCAUUGUGUAAUUUAUUGGCUAAAGACGCUCCUUUCGUUUUUGAUGAGGCUUGUGUGGAGGCCUUCAAGAAGUUAAAGACACUCCUCACUACAGCACCCAUUGUUGCAGCUCCUAAUUGGAGCUUACCUUUUGAACUGAUGUGUGACGCAUCAGAUUAUGCAGUGGGGGCAGUUCUUGGACAGCGCACAGAUAACCUUCCCCAAGUUAUUUAUUAUGCUAGUCGAACCCUCAAUGAUGCACAACUAAACUAUGCUACCACAGAGAAAGAAUUGUUGGCUAUUGUUUUUGCAUUGGAAAAAUUUCGUUCGUAUUUAUUUGGGGCUAAAGUGAUUAUUUAUACAGAUCAUGCAGCUUUGAAAUAUUUGUUGUCUAAGAAAGAUGCUAAGCCUCGAUUGAUACGUUGGAUUCUUUUAUUGCAAGAGUUUGACUUGGAAAUCAAAGAUAAAAAGGGUCGGGAAAAUGUGGUGGCUGACCAUUUGUCUAGAUUAACUAUUCCCACAUCAUCAGAAGAGGAUUCCCUUCCACUGAGGGAGAGUUUUCCAGAUGAACAGCUAUUUGCAGUCCAAUUCCGUACACCAUGGUUUGCUGAUAUGGUUAAUUAUUUGGUUAAAGGGGUGGUGCAUCCAGAUUUAACGUUGCAGCAGAAAAAGAAGUUUCUUUCUGAUGUGAAGCAUUAUUUCUGGGAUGAUCCAAAUCUAUUUAAGUAUUGCCCAGACCAGAUUAUUCGCAGGUGUAUUCCUGAAACCGAACAGGAAAGUACAUCUGGUCAAGUGGAAGUUUCAAACAGAGAAUUAAAACGCAUUUUGGCAAAAACAGUUGGUUCUACACGAAAAGAUUGGAGUUUAAAAUUAAAUGAUGCGUUGUGGGCCUACAGAACAGCUUAUAAAACUCCUAUUGGGAUGUCCCCAUUUCGACUCGUUUAUGGAAAAGCAUGUCAUCUACCUAUGGAGCUUGAGCAUAAGGCGUACUGGGCAAUUAAAGAGUUAAAUUUUUCAUAUGACUCAGCCGGAGAGCAACGUAAACUGCAGCUCAAUGAGCUACAGGAAAUUCGUCGGGAUGCUUAUGAAAGUUCUCGCAUCUACAAGGAAAGAACUAAGGCGUUUCAUGAUAGUCAAAUUUUACGCAAAGAAUUCCAGCCAGGGCAAAAGGUGUUGCUACUAUUCAGUUCAAGGCUUAAGUUGUUUCCAGGGAAAUUGAAAUCUCGCUGGACAGGGCCGUAUUUGGUUACUAAAAUCUUUCCUCAUGGGGCAGUUGAAAUAUCUAAUGGGGCUCAAGGCAACACAUUCAAGGUGAAUGGUCACAGGCUGAAACCAUACGUGGAGUCGCCAUUUGAUACGGGAUACGAGUCUUUGACUCUGAAGGCACCAGUGAUCUAACCACCAGACUUCCGCAACGUCUAGCUACAGACUUAAAAUAAAGCGCUUAUUUGGGAGGCAACCCAAUUUUUCUAACUCUUUCCUAAUUUUAAUUUUUGUUUGAUUUUCUCAUUAAUAUAUAUAUAUAUAUAUUU